CGGACGCCGCUCCGCCGGUCUCGAGCUCUUCCUAGCUCCCACGCAGCAAGCAGAGCACAGCAAAGCAGACAGAGCUCUUCUCCGGCCGGCUGACCCACUGACAUGGCGAUGAGUGACACUGGCUCGAGCUUCGCCAACUGGACUGACGACCUCUACCGCUACGACACUCCGAGCCUGGGCGCCGCGGCGGACUCGACGAUCGUCGCCGCCUCCGCGACGCCGACGAGCCCGGCGUCGGCGGGGUCCGGCGACGGGAGCCCGUCCCGGGCGGCGGGCGGGGCCCUGGGCCCGCGGGUGGCGGGCAAGCCGGCGGCGAGGAAGCGGGCCCGCGCGUCGCGCCGCGCGCCCGUGACGCUGCUCAACACGGACGCCAGCAACUUCCGCGCCAUGGUGCAGCAGUUCACCGGCAUCCCCUCCGCCCCCGGCGGCCCGUUCUCCGGGGCGCCCGUCAUCAACUUCGGCGGGGCCUCCGGCUACGGCUUCGCGCCGCAGCAGCAGCCGGCGCCCGCCCUGUCCUUCGACCACCACCACCUCCACCAGCGGCAGCAGUACACCGGCGCGCCAUUCGGCUACGGCGGCCACCUGCAGCACUUCCUCGCCGGCGGCGACGCGUUCGCGCACGGGCUCGUCGGCGCUGCGGAGGACCGGAUGCUCCUCCAGAGCAUGCAGGCGGCGCAGAUGCCGGGGGCGCGCGCCGCUCACAACAGCGCUAAUGGCUACUUCGCUUGAUCGAUCGACUGAUUAUUAACUAUGUUACAUACUUCGUUAAUCGAGCUUGUGUUUGAAUUUCUUGGCUUGUUUGUUCAUGGUGGUUCAUCCAUCACCUGCAGCUAUGUAAAUAUUGGAUUUUUGCCUGUGAUUUUGCCACUCGGUGCGGAUUAUGAUGCUCAUUAAUGGGAGAAACCGAUGGAUCGGGUGCAUCUAUCAAAGUGA